AUGGCUGCAACAUCUGCUAUGCAAUCGAUCCUCGGAAGUUCAAUCGCUUAUGGAGCUGCUGGCAAUAAGAAUAGAUCUGUGAACCUGCAGUUUACUGUUCCUGCUAGUUCUGCAGUUCAAAGCUAUCUUAGGGUUCGCUCGAUGACCGAGGAUGGUCAAAAGAAGCAACCAACAACUGUAACAAAAGCCUCAAAGAAUCCACCACCAGCUGCAGCUCCUUCUCCUUCACCUUCACCUCCUCCUCCUUCUCCCAAGCUUUCAGACGUAUUGGCUUUCAGUGGACCGGCACCAGAGAGAAUUAACGGGAGGCUUGCAAUGGUGGGCUUCGUUGCUGCUCUAGUAGUCGAACUAUCCAAGGGGCAAGAUGUGUUUGCUCAGAUAUCCAACGGCCCCGGAGUACCAUUGUUCAUCGGCACAAGUGUUUUGCUAUCAGUGGCGUCCUUGGUUCCUCUAUUGAAAGGAGUGAGCGUGGAGUCCAAAUCCGACGGGAUCAUGACCUCAGAUGCAGAGCUCUGGAAUGGAAGGUUGGCCAUGUUGGGUCUUGUAGCUUUGGUCUUCACCGAGUACGUUACCGGCAGUACCUUAGUCUAG